AUGUGGAAGAGAUCGUUCCAUUCGCAAGGCGGGCCCCUCCGUGCCAGAACGAGAUUCACCAAGCCCAAGCCCAAGCAGCCUGUGCUGCCUCGCGACAAAAUAAGACCGCCCACUCAAUUGACCCAUCAUUCCCGCAGCCUGCAGAUCACAGAGCCGAUUCCGCCAACCGCCUCUAACCUGCACUGCCCCGACGACCAUCCGCUCUGGCAGUUCUUCUCCAACAGGAAGUUCAUCAGGACCACCGACGACUUGCCGCCCGCCGGCCACGUCAGGCCCUGGUCCAUCCCUGAGCUGAGACACAAGUCCUUCAACGACCUGCACUCCCUCUGGUACAACUGCCUCAGGGAGCAGAACGUGCUUGCCCGCGAGAACCACCUCUUGAAGAACGUCGUCGGCUCCUCGCACGACGAGUUCAACGAGCUCUCGCAGUCCAUCAGAACCACUAUGUGGCAGAUCAGACACGUCCUCAACGAAAGAGAACUGGCCCACUCCGCCUCUCGGGCCUUCUUCCAGGACGAAUCGCAAAGACAAAAGUUUCUGGACACCCUAACCAACGACCACUUUCUGAAUAAGGACGUCCCGGACGACGAGGUCGCCGCCAUGCUCACACGCUUCCAGCUCGCCGUGUUCGGGAUCUCAGAGACCAUCCAGGACAACACCGUCGACACCACCUUUAUUGAAGGAAUCAAGUUCCUCGCGAACCUCAAACUGCGCCGGUUCAAGGACUCGGAAGACCUGAUAUCGGAGCUGUCUCAGGACCCCAUCACAGACGUGGGCGAGUCCUUCGUCUUGUUCACCUCCGAUUUCGAACAGCGUGCUGUCCACGAAGCAUGUGUCGCCAUCAAGGACCUGAGACAGUCCCCGGAAAACAAAGUCCCCAAACUGAAUGAACUAUCCACCGUUAGAAAAUACUUGAAACAAUUAAUUCGUGCAAAUUCCAUGGAACAAGCUACUGCAUGA